GUGUUGUGUUGAACUUUGAUACCUGCAUGAAUGACUCAGCAAGCAAACCUUUAACUUGGCUGUUGAUUUUGUGGGGAAAAUCCUUAUCAUACGAUGACUUGCUGAUUCGCGGAUCUCUCAUACGUUACCUCCCGCUUCGUUGUCGGCAGACGAAGAAUACUGAGGUUUUUGCUAACAGCCAUAUUUCAACAGCUUCAAAUCAUCAAAAUCAAUCCUUCCACCUGCCAUGGUGAAAUACGUGAUCCACUACUUCAAGUUCAAUGCCCGCGCUGAAAGCCUUCGUUUGGCUUUCAAGCUAGCUGGCGUCGACUACGAAGAGUUAACCAUCGAAAUUCCAGAAUGGCCAAAAGUCAAAGCAAAAUAUCCCACUGGGCAAUUACCGGCGUUGGAGGUGGACGGGAAGUUGAUCGGGCAGACGAAGGCUUGCCUGCGAUAUCUAGCCAAGGAAUUCGGGCUUUACGGAAAGACUUCCCUUGAAGCAGCAUACAUUGACCAGGCUAUGGACAUGGUGGAGGACAUCUGGCCGGAAUUCGAGAAUAUUUUCCGUGGUCCUUUUGCAAGUCAGGCCGUGAGAACAGAAACGUUCUUAAAAGAGAGGGUCCCACCCGUCUAUGACGCCUUGGAACGCUUACUGGAUCUGGAGCAAACUGGGGACUUCUUCGUCGGAAACUCGAUCACAGCGGCUGAUAUCUUUUUCUUCGCCGCAUCUGAUCUUGUGAACGCCACGGGCAAGGGCGCCAACUCCUUGGAGAAGUACCCGAAGCUUACCGCCCUCAGGAGUCGCAUUGCUGCCAACCCAAAAAUCGCAGCAUGGCUGGCAGUGCGACCAGCCGAAGCGUCGUUUGACCAGGAUUUUACCCGUGAGUGAGAUCAAGCCUGCGCAGCCUAGUCCGUCAGGCCGUUCAUUUAUUGCACACACAAAAUACCGUACUCAUGGUUAUUAACGCGCGUAGGUCGGCUUAAAUAUUUACAAAAAUGUUCACCUUUGAAUUGAGAUGUUUGGUUUUCAAAAACUGUUAAAAACCCUUUACUUGUUAGAUUUAUAUGUAGUUUUGAACUUGAAAUAUCGAAUGAACAACUGAUUCAUGAUAAGCUAUUAUUAAGUACAAAAUGAUGAUAUAUUGAGGGAUUGACAUAUGCUACAAUCUGCGCACUGUCUGCCUGAAUUGGAAGAACCCGUGUAAGAUAUUUCUUAGAAAUUCAAUUUAUUGCUAAGUAGUGAACGAGCUAUACCUGUGUUUGUACUUGCUAUCUCAUUAUUGGUGUUAGCAGAUAUAUCGCUACCAAGCAUUACACACUUCAUGCCACCGUUCAUUAACUGCUACAACUCUAGCAUCCAAUAGUGUCUCUGUCUUUGCCCUUUGUUUAAGAUUCGUGUUUGUCUGAUGAUGUGUCGCGUGUAUAUCUAUUAAGUCUGUGACCUUGUAUAAUUUAAAACAAUAUCACAACAGUUGUGAAGUUGGGAUGUUUUAUUACAGUGUAUGAUGUUUUCCGUCAAUUUGUGUCCUUCUUGCUUAAUAUAUUCUACAUCUAUACAAAUACUCCAAUUCAUUAUCUUUCUGUGACGUCACUGAUAACAAUGCUUACAAUAUUCGUUGUGUAGAUCAUAGCCAGAAAAAGGAUGUGUAAUAAACUUGCGAUGAUGAAAAAA